GCACAAUUAGCAUGUUUGCUUAAGCUAACGUCUUCAAGGAGCAGAGUUAUCCAAGAAAAUUAUCCAGAGUCGACGUUUUUACUAUUCUUUGACUCUCGGAUGUGUUUAACAUGUCCGGGGUUCAGGAUCUUUCAGUUUUUCCUGUGGAUGUCCAGCAGCUGUCAGUGAGUAAAGAAGAGGUUUCCCCUGAGCAGCAGGAGAAGAGCUCCAGUUUGAACCAGAGGAACAUUAAAGAUGAACCAGAGGAGCUGUGGAGCAGUCAAGAGGAAGAGCAGCUUCAAUGGCCAGAGGAGGAUGAUAUAAUCAAGUUCACUUUUGUUCCUGAUGAUGUGAAGGAUGAAGACGAUGAAGAGAAAUCUCAGUCCCCACAGCGUCAUCUGAGACACACUGAACAGAUAGAAACAGGAGCUGAUGGAGACGACUGUGGAUCAGAGACAGAAGCAGCCAAGUACUCUGACCCAGAGGGAGAUUUACAUCCAGAAACUGAGGUCCAGCUUGCUGAAUUUUCUGAUCCUGACACUGAUGACAGCACUGAUUGGAAGCACAUGGCAGGAAACCAUUCAGUUGUUAAAUCAGUGGGAAAAAUCACAAAAGAGAGAGCAAAGACUGGACGAAAAUUGCAUACCUGCUCUGACUGUGGUGAAGUAUUUAAAAACAAACGUCACCUUACACAUCAUAUGAGAAUUCACAGAGGAGACAAACCAUUUGGCUGCUCUGAGUGUGGCAAAAGAUUUACACAUAAAAAUCAUCUUACCUCUCACUUGAGAAUUCACACAGAUAAGAAGCCAUUUGUCUGCUCUGAGUGUGGCAAAGUAUUUAAAGAUAAAAAACGUUUGAGCCGACAUAUUUUAGUUCAUACGAAAGAAAAACCCUUCAGCUGCUCUGUGUGUGGUAAGAAAUUUACCCGAAAAGAAAAUGUAACUGUUCACAUGAAAAUCCACACAGAUAAGAAAGCAUUUGUCUGCUCUGAGUGUGGCGAAAGUUUUCACAGAAAACUAGCCUUGACCACACACAUGGUAGUUCAUACCAGAGGAAAACCCUUCAGCUGCUCUGUGUGUGGUAAGACAUUUACCCGAAACAGAAGUGUGACCGUUCACAUGAGAACUCAUACUGGUGAGAAACCAUUUGUCUGCUCUGUGUGUGGCAAAAGAUUGAGCCAUGAAAUAAGUUUGACCAGACACAUGCUUGUUCAUGCCAGAGAAAAACCCUUCAGCUGCUCUGUGUGUGGUAAGAGGUUUGCCCAAAAAGAAAAUAAAACUGUUCACAUGAGAAUUCACACAGGUGAGAAACCAUUUGUCUGCUCUGAGUGUGGUAAAAGAUUCAGCCAUCACGUAAGUUUGAACAGACACAUGGUUGUUCAUACCAGAGAAAAACCCUUCAGCUGCUCUGUGUGUGGUCAGAGAUUUACCCUAAAAGGAAGUAUAGCUAAUCACAUGAGAAUUCAUACAGGAGAGAAACCAUUUUGCUGCCCUGAGUGUGGUCACAAAUUUACCCAGAAAGGAGGUAUGACAACCCACAUAAAAAUUAAUAAAGGAGAGACACAAUUCAUUUGCUUUGAGUGUGGCCAAACGUUUAACUUAAAGUGUGGUCUGAGAGCUCAUAUGGCAAUUCACAGAUAAGAAAAAGACUUAAGCUGCUCUGAAUGUGGUAACACAUUUAGUCUUAACAGUAACCUGGCAAUUCAUAUGAUAAUUCAUACUGAAAAAAACCUUCAAAAACAUUCUCUUCAGAAUGUUUUCUGACUUAACAUGUUUCCUCACACCAAACGAAAACUGUUCUGAUGCCUUUUGUGAUAAAACAUUUAGUCAGCAGGAUUAUCUGAUAGAACUCAUCAGAAUUAGACAUGUUAGCUUUGAAUUUUAUAGUAAUACAAGUGCUUUUUGCAGUUCUGUACUACGGGAAUUAACAGUAUUAACUCUCAGGCCCUCCUUUAAAAACAUCACACUCUUCCUCUCAAAGCCCUUUUAGGACAUUGGAUAUAUUUACAAGGAUUAAAAAUGAAAGAAAAAAACUUUUUACAUUUUUGGUCUGUAACUCCAGUCCUAGUCACGUAUAGCAGUUAAUCUACAUAACAUCACUUUUUUUUUAUACACAAAAAUAUUUUUUUUUAAAUUUGAUAAAUGCAGAGCAGAUAGACAAUUACGUUUUUUGUAAUUACAAAUAUAUAUAUAUAUAUAUAUAUAUAUAUGUAUCUAUAUAUAUAUAUAUAUAUAUCACAGUCUCUCCACCGUUAUACCCGAUCAGUUCAAACAAGAUCAUUAUCUCCCACAAUGCCUCUCUUGCAAACAUAGAAAAAUGGCAAAUUUGUGAGCAAAUAUUUUUACCUCUGAAUAACAGAAUUACAGAGGAAUUAACAGGAUUUCUUAUUUCUGUAUUGCAGUGGCAGUAGAAUAAAAAUAAGUGAUUUUAAUGGCAGUCAGUGUGGCCUAAAAGGGCUUUAGGAGGGCCUGAGGGUUGAAAAGUGCUAUAGUAUGUGAAAAUAUUAAAUGUAA